UGCCUGGAGAAUCCUAUGGACAGAGGAGAGCCUGGUGGGCUGCAGUCCAUGGGAUCACAAAGAAUCAGACACGACUGAGCGACUUUCACUCACUCACUCACUCACUCACGACUCUUAUGCUGAAUGGAGGUGCUUGGUCUCCUUGGGAAGAGAGGAUAUGUGGGUAAAACCGUGGGGAAUUCUCCCCUACAGGGGCCUGCUGGCUAAUAACAUACUGGGCUGUAAAGAGUGACCUCAUAAAGCAAGGAUUCCCUCUGUGGACACUUCUCUGUGACCUUGUGGAAUCUAGAUGCGAGGAGAUUCCUAAGCAGAGAUUUUCUGUUGGAUGGUUAAAGCAAGGAAUAAAAAUUGAAAAUUUGGAAAAUGUCUCAGCACUUUUAUCACCAGGACCAUGCAAGAAUCCUUUCUAACUCACUGUUCGAGAAUGCGUCACAGAUAUUCUAUGAGAAAUUAUGGAAAUUUCAGAGGAAAGAUACUCAGUUUCAGGCAUUUGUGAAGAAAGUCAUAAUGAGUCGUCUCUUUAAGAUAAUUAUGAUUAGCACCGUCUCAAUGAAUGCAUUUUUUAUGGUCUUGUGGACUGAUUAUAAAACAAGAUACAGCUUGUUCAGACUUUUUGAGGUCUCAGAGCUCAUCUUUGUGUCCAUCUAUAGCUCUGAGUUCUGCAUGAAGCUCUAUGUGGACCCCAUCAACUACUGGAAGGAUGGCUACAAUCUGCUCGAUGUGGUCAUUAUCAUCAUCAUCUUCAUCCCCUACAGUCUCCGCAAGAUCAAGGGCAAGCACUACCCCUACCUCAACAUUGCCGACGGUGUACAAUCCCUGCGCAUCCUCAAGCUUAUCACCUACAGCCGUGGCAUCCGGACACUCAUCACUGCCAUGGGGCAAACAGCCUACACCGUGGCCUCCGUGCUCAUCCUCUUCUUCGUCCUGAUGUACAUCUUCGCCAUCCUGGGCUUCUGCCUGUUUGGGCUUCCAGAGGGAGGUGACAUGAAUAACUGGGGGAACCUGGCUUUGGCCUUCUUCACCCUCUUCAGCUUGGCCACGGUCGAUGGCUGGACAGACCUGCAGGAGCAGCUGGAUGCCCGGAAUUUGAUUCUGAGCCGCUCAUUCACCAUCAUCUUUAUCUUGCUUGCCUCCUUUGUGUUCCUCAGCAUGUUUGUGGGUGUGAUGAUCAUCCACACUGAGGACUCCAUCAAAAAGUUUGAGCGGGAGCUGAUGCUGGAGAGACACAUGAACCUCAUGGAAGAGAAGCAGGUGAUUUUGAAGCGGCAGCAGGAAGAGGUCGGCAAGCUGCUGCAGACCCAGAAAGAUCUUGACCACAAGAGUUUCACUGAACUGGUGGAGAAGUUUAAGAAGACCUUGCGGCACACGGACCCCAUGGUCUUGGAUGAUUUUGGCACUAGCCUGCCCUUCAUUGACAUCUACUUGUCCACCCUGGACAACCAGGAUGCUACCAUCUACAAGCUUCAGGAGCUGUACUAUGAGAUCGUGCACGUGCUGAGCCUCAUGCUUGAAGACUUGCCCCAGAAGAAGCAGUCCCAGUCCUCGGAGAAGGUCGAUGAGAAGUAGCUGGAUGUGGGCACCCAGCCAC